CUACAGAUCACAUUGCAAGGCGGCUUCUACGCUUGUUAACGACGGCAGCUGAGAUAUAGAGAAAUAGCCUUAAUUGACGUCCACGCUUUUGGCCACGCUGCGACCUAGGGUUAGGGUUUUCUGCGAAACAAUUUUCCGAUCCGACGCCAAAAGAGAGAGGUCGAAGCGGGUCGUUACUCAAUUUUCUUUAUCGUCUCUACCUUUGUCUUCACCAUUCCACUGUUGCAUCGCUCAAGUCGGGCAGAUGGAUCUUGAGACAGAGAAUAGAAUAGCUGCAAUGCUUAUGAAAGAAGCAGCAGAAUUGCGGCGACAAGCAGAUAAGGAAGGUGUGCAUGUUUAUCUGCGACAACCUAACUCACGGUUUCGGCCUAAUUCGCGGUUUCUAACUGCAACUGUUCUUGGGGUUCAACAAGCAAAUCGAGCUGUGGAAGUGAACGAGAUGUGGCGAUCCCGGCAGAAAGAACUAGAGCUGGAUGAUAGGCUUAGAGGCCGGUCUCGAGAUGGGAGCAGUGGUGGCAGCAGCCAUAGGGAUCACGACUCCGCAAGCCCAAGUAAGAGGCCUCCCAUAAACGUUAACGAUGCGAGUGCUUCAUGCUCAUCAAGCCAAAGAGUACACGAGAGUGGCGAUUCAAGAGAAGAUGAAGAGCUUGAGAAGUUUCUACACUCAAGGGUCAAGCGUGGCAGAGGUGGUGUAGGCCCAAGGAUGGACGAAACGGGUCCAUACCUUCCACCUUGUCCAGAUUCGAGGGAAGAGCUGUCAACAAUCCCCGAUGUUUGGAAAGGCCAUGCGGUCUAUGGACCCGAGAAGCCUUCUUCACUUAAGAAGUAUGAUUCUUCAGAAGAGGAGAAGCAGAAGAAGAGAAAGAAGGUUUGCUCAGGGAGCUCCGACAAGCAGCACUCAAGGAAGCACAGAUCCAAAGAUAAGUCUAAGGAUAAGAAAAGGAAGAGCAAGGAUGAGAAAAGAAACAGACAUCACAAAGUUGAUUUUCACAAUUAUAGAAUUAAGGAAUUCACUUGGAGCACCUUGGAGUCGGAGCACUCUUACCCAAAAGACGUAGAAUGCAUAUAUUGUGAUUAAUAUAACUUAAUUAGAUUUUAAA